AUGUCAUCGAAUAAAAAAAGUGAUAAUUUUCAAUAUGAUAGCAAAUUGAACGGUUUGAGUAGUGUUGUGGAUAAGGGUCUGACUCCUUUGAACGGGAAAUACAGAUCUAAAAGUUUGUCGAGUGAUAAGUUGAACAAAUCGAACGCGGAUCGUGCAGCGAUACUGGAGGAUGUCGAAGCACAAUACGUUGCGGACAAAUUAGAGACGCCUGGUUGUUUGGUUAUAAAUAAUAUAAUGGAGCAAGGAACGCAGUCGACGUUGAACGGGUUCAGAGAUGGCAAAGCGACUUACGGAACAGAAAGUCCAGCGCGUGGAAGGCGUGUCAUAUUCUGCGUCCACGGAAACCCCUCGACUGGAUGCUGUGCUGUUAUAGAAACUAGUGCAGAUGGUGAUGAUGGAGGAAGGCAAAGUGAUAGCAUGAGUGAAGUUGAACGUCACUGCCACAGAUCGAGAAAUGAAGAUAUAGAUAAGAGAGCUAGAAGAAAACUAAUAAUAGCUAGUGUGUUAUGUGUUAUAUUUAUGAUAGGCGAAAUAGUUGGUGGUUAUAUAUCAAACAGUCUGGCGAUAGCGACGGAUGCGGCGCAUUUGUUGACAGACUUCGCUAGUUUUAUGAUAUCGUUGUUUUCGCUUUGGGUAGCGAGUAGACCCGCUACGAGAAGAAUGCCCUUCGGCUGGUAUAGAGCAGAGGUUAUAGGUGCUCUAACGUCAGUCCUUUUGAUCUGGGUGGUGACAGGGGUGCUAGUAUACAUGGCGGUGCAAAGAGUCAUUUACAAGGAGUUCGAGAUCGAUGCAACUGUCAUGCUUAUCACUUCCGCUGUCGGAGUUGCUGUCAAUCUUGUUAUGGGCCUAACUUUACAUCAACAUGGUCACAGCCAUGGUGGCGGCGGUGGUCACGGCCACUCUCACGGCGGAAACAAUCCCGUACUCAAUAACAAAGUAAGUCGGAAUUUCCCGGACGCGGAGAGCGGGUCGCCGCAGCCCGGGCCGCGCGCGCAGAACAUCAACGUGCGCGCCGCCUUCAUCCACGUGCUGGGCGACUUCCUGCAGAGCUUCGGCGUGCUGCUGGCCGCCGUCGUCAUCUACUUCCAGCCCGAAUGGAACUUAGUGGAUCCAAUCUGUACGUUCCUGUUCUCGAUACUGGUCUUAAUAACAACGUUCAACAUCAUCAAAGACACGCUGUUGGUUCUGAUGGAGGGAUCUCCUAGAGAUCUUGAUUUUCAGGAAGUUGCAAACACCUUCCUAUCUCUGCCAGGUGUUGUCAGGAUCCACAAUUUGCGUAUGUGGGCACUCUCCUUGGACAAGACUGCGUUAUCAGCUCAUCUUGCUAUACGAACGGGUGUAAGUCCACAGAAGGUUCUAGAGCAGGCGACACGGCUGGUUCACGAAAAGUACAACUUCUUCGAAAUGACGCUCCAGAUCGAGGAGUUCAGCGACGGCAUGGAGGAGUGCGCGCAGUGUAAGAUGCCUCAGGCUUGA